UCCUUUCUCCUCACUGAUGCCAUAAUAAUAAUAAUAAAAAACGAAGAAUACCGGACUGCACCUGAAGGCAUCAUAACACAACGAGUAAAAGCGAGAGCGAAACCCGUGGGAGGCGGGGUGAGGGGGACGGGACAGUACGACCAGAAGAAGGGAAGACGCAUCGACACAGUGGUGAGGAUGACGAUGCCGCAUGUAGGGGCAGUGUUUGCUGCAAUAGCAGGAGUAAUGGCCAUCGUGUUGCACUCCUCCAUUCACAAGAUAGAGGAAGGACACCUUGCUGUGUACUACAGGGGUGGGGCACUGCUGACUUCUCCCAACGGUCCUGGAUAUCACAUAAUGCUGCCUUUCAUUACCACGUUCAGAUCGGUGCAGACGACACUCCAAACUGACGAGAUCAAGAAUGUGCCUUGUGGAACAAGUGGCGGUGUGAUGAUUUAUUUUGACAGGAUAGAAGUGGUUAACAUGCUGGUCCCUCUAGCAGUCGUGGACAUUGUGAGAAACUACACUGCUGAUUAUGACAAAACUCUAAUAUUCAACAAGAUUCACCAUGAACUCAACCAGUUCUGCAGUGUACACACACUACAGGAGGUCUACAUUGAGUUGUUUGACAUUAUCGACGAGAACUUGAAGACUGCGUUGCAGAAAGAUCUUAAUAUGAUGGCACCUGGACUCACAAUACAGGCAGUCCGUGUAACCAAGCCAAAGAUCCCAGAGUCCAUCCGGAGGAACUUUGAACUCAUGGAAGCAGAGAAGACUCGUCUGCUGAUAACCGCUCAAACUCAGAAGGUGGUGGAAAAGGAAGCAGAAACUGAAAGAAAAAAAGCCAUUAUUGAGGCUCAGAAACUGGCCCAGGUAGCAGAGAUCCAUUUCCAACAGAAGGUCAUGGAGAAGGAGACGGAGAAGAGGAUCUCUGAAAUAGAGGAUGCUGCCUUCUUGGCGAGGGAAAAGGCAAAGGCUGAUGCAGAAUAUUACACUGCUGCCAAGUUUGCUGAAUCAAAUAGGAUGAAGUUAACCCCUGAGUACUUGGAGCUGAUGAAGUACCAGGCCAUAGCUUCUAACAGUAAGAUCUACUUUGGCCAGGAGAUCCCCACCAUGUUUGUAGAAGGAACCGGCAGCCCACCAAAGUCUGCACGCUCCUCUAAUCCCCCCCAACAAGACUUAAAGCACGAUGGGCAGUGAGUCCACAGCUCUGCCUCUACGCAGGACAGGAGAACCUGAUGAGGACUCUUGUCUGUGAGGUGGAGAGCACUGAACUGAAGAUGAUGGGUGGGAUAGCUUUGCAGCUAGUUUGCUGAACAACACACUUCAGUCUUAAAUCAAAAUGGCAGAGAAAGAUAAGGAUAAUUUAAGAACAAGCUGAAGAAGGCAAGAUAAAAGGGAAAUGUUGUUUUUCAUCUUCCAGUCUGGAAAAAGUUUUAGGAAUGAGAACGAUGCCGUAGUUUAAAAAGCAAAUCAAAAGCAUAAUAAGUGCUUAUGCCUGGGAUGGCGACAGCAAGUAGUCGCCCUAAUUUACAUGUGCUUGCAACCAGUGCAGUGUUUAACUUUGCUGUUGGAUCUGCAUCCAUUUUGUUUGUUUGUUUGUUUGUAUGCAAGAGGAGCGGUCUGUGAUGAAAAAUUCUAUAUUUUUGAGAAUUAAUUUCUGGUUUAGCUGAACUGGAAUCGACAGGUGACACUAAUUAAAAGCUGGAUGGUUUGGCAAGUGUGUAAUGUAGGUUGGUCGUCUCUGUGCCAUCAAAUCUUCUCUUUCAACACGAGUCAGUGUGAGGACUGUUUAAUCAAACCUCUUAUCGAAUGCUGCUUGUGUAUGGAUUAGUUAAGAUUGGUUUUAUGCAGUAGUUAGAGCAUUAUGCAGAGUCACUGAGAAGCGAGCCCUCCCCCUCUCCCCCCUUCAUUUCUAAUUGGCUGAAUUUAGAAAAGUUUAGUACUAUUCUACAGAUACUCAAGUCUUUGAAGUUGGAGGGAUGCCAUUGUGUCUUCAGUUUCUAUAGUUCUAUAGUUAAUAUAAAGCAUCAUUAGAUUGGUAGUACUGUAGUUUUUGUUCUGUUAGCUUGGUGAUAGUUUGGUGUCAGUACCUGUGGCUCGUGAUAGAAAGACUCGAGAUGCUGCACUAACAUCCGUUGUGGAAUUUACUGUGAAGCCAACUGAGAGAAAAAAAGGGUUCUAAAAAGAAAAUCAGAUUUUCCUCGACAAGAUAAAUCAAGUGGUCAAAAGUUAAAUAAUAUAGGAAGCAGUUGAAUAACUGUGCCACUUGAAGAAGAAGUAAAAGUGUUCUUUGUCAAGAAGUCAGUGCAUCUUUCUUUCCUCCAUCUGGUUUUGAUUAUCGGGGCCAUGCAUGUGGAAAAUUUGUAAAGGCUUGAUUCAGAUGAUUAGUAGUGCCUGCGAUUGUCUGCCAACUCUGUACAGCUUAUUUAGAUGUGGUUGGAAUGUAAAUUCUCAGGAAACUGACUUUUAUUUUGAUGAAACAGCUGCUCAGUGUUGGUCAAAAUUGUUCAUUAAAAUUGCCAGAAAAGAAAGCAUAUGUUAUGCAUGUUCAAAUCUGUUAAUUGAAUCUGAUGACUCAAGUUGGAACAGAAAAUAAUUAUUUGAUUUAAUAAUAAUAAUAAGCAAAGUUCUGAUUUAAAUGAAAGAGUCCAUUGUCUACAACACUUUCUGUUGGAAUCAAAAUUGGCGUGGUGCCAUUUUUAUGAUGCAGUCACCAUUUAAACACACCAUCUAUUUACAGUAGGUGCCUGAGAAUAAAAUAUUAUUAAUAUAAUAAUAAUAAUAAUAAUAUUGAAUAUUACGAGGAUGUUGGUCUGUCAGUAUAAAUGGUGUAAAGAAAAGUUCAUUUCCUUUAUUGAUGUUAACAUUUUUUUAUAAUUUAAAAAUGGUUGGACUGCAAAGUUUUUCAUUCUUGGCUAAAAUAGAUCAUUUCAAGGAUUUUAAUGGUAACACACAGCUCCUAAUUAAAACAGUAACAUACACUUAACCUCUGGUGAGUUUUAUAUGACAACACGAGUUUCAGUACUACAUUAAAAACAUGCUUUUUUUUCUAUUUAAAGAUGAAUGUUAAUGGGCUUAACUAAGAUGCAAGUUGGUGCUAGUUCUUAUUGUGUUUGAGCUUUUUUGGAUUUUGCUCAGCUUUGUGUUUGAGAAACAUGGAAAUACUUCCAAUAUUCAGAAAUCGAGCCUUAAAUGAUAAUGGGUUACCCCAGACUUAAAGAUUCAGCGAUGAUUCUCAUAAAAUAAAAAGCUCCAUUUGAACCUAACUGUGAGACUUUUUGAGAGCGAAGGUGUACGUACUGUAUUGUGCACCCUCUUCGUAGACUCUAGCUGAGAAAGCAGCGGACACUACUAGUGUUUGGAAGAUGUUGUGAUGUUUACUUGACCUCCGAAUGGUAGUUAAAGGCAUUUGUUUUGGUGGUGGGUUCAAAUAAAGAUGCAAAAGAGGGGUAUGAAUCACUCAUGAAAAUUAUUUUGUGGUCAAUAUUUUGUACAAUCUGUGAAAUUCAAACAUUGUCUCCUUGUUUUAAAAGGUUUAUAUGCAAAAAAAAAUGUUUUCACGUUUUGACAAUGUUCUUAUGUAAAAUAAAACCUAUUUUGGUA